GAUCACAGUGACAGCAAUGUGCAACAUGGACUUCAGCCAUUUCCCCCUGGACUCUCAGACCUGUUCUCUGGAGCUGGAAAGCUUCACAUCACAUCAUGUUUCUUCUUAUGCUUACACUGAUGAAGAUCUGAUGCUGUAUUGGAAAAAUGGAAAUGAAUCCCUGAAAACAGAUGAAAAGAUAUCUUUGUCUCAGUUUUUGAUACAAAAAUUCCACACUACAUCAAGACUGGCUUUCUACAGUAGCACAGGCUGGUACAAUCGCCUCUAUAUAAACUUCACUUUACGCCGACACAUCUUCUUCUUCUUGCUCCAAACCUACUUCCCUGCUACCCUUAUGGUCAUGUUGUCCUGGGUGUCCUUUUGGAUUGAUCACCGAGCAGUUCCUGCUAGAGUCUCUUUGGGGAUAACCACCGUGCUGACCAUGUCCACGAUCAUCACUGGGGUGAACGCCUCCAUGCCUCGCGUGUCCUACAUCAAAGCAGUAGACAUUUACCUGUGGGUCAGUUUUGUGUUUGUCUUCCUCUCAGUGCUGGAAUAUGCAGCAGUGAAUUACCUGACUACGGUGCAAGAGCGGAAGGAGAGGAAACUGCGGGACAAGUUUCCAUGUACGUGUGGAAUACCUAAUUCAAAAACUGUGAUGCUGGACGGAAACUACAGUGAAUCUGAUGCCAACAGCCUGGCAGGAUAUACAAGAAACCAGAUGGUCCCAGAGGAAGAAAAACAAGAAAAGAUGGUUGUGCACUUAACUAUGAGCAAUGAAUCUAAUUCAUCAAGGAAGAGAGGCUCGAGGGGCCAUGUGGGCUCACGCAUCAUCCAGAACAGUCACACAAUUGAUAAAUACUCACGAUUAAUAUUUCCAGGCACAUAUAUAUUUUUUAAUUUGAUAUAUUGGUCUGUCUUUAGCUAA